ACUAGAAGUCGUCGAUACUACGUUAGGUCGUCUCACUUACCGAGUUCUUACGAGGCCCUUCGGUCUAGGUACCACAGCAAUGUGGGCUUAAAUUUUCCUGCUGUCGAAAGAAAGCCAAGCGAAAUCAUAUGGACACCAGCAACAUCAUGUCCGCGCAUGGUCUGUCCCUUUGCUGUCGUUCGCUUGUCAGGCUCAGGGGCGGUCUGACGCUUGUCCUCUCGGCGAUAUUACCCUGGCGGGCCAUCAUCACAGCGACUCCGGCUACCGUUCGUGCGAAUGAAGAGGCACCGCUUGUCGACACUAGCAGGAGCAUCUACGAGGAAAAGGGUUUCUUCACGAAUUACGAUGCCGAUCCACUUUGGGUUCGUCUGGACACUGCGCUGCGCUGGUUUCCCGAUUUGCUUGACACAAGGCUGCACAAGAACUCCUCGCCGCGACGGGUGAUUCUGAAGCAGGUGCUCUACUACACACAGGACCAGGGGGCGCUGGCGCGGCUGAAGAAUAACUACAGCAAAGAACCUCAAAUAGGAGUACUAGAAGACCACAGCGGCCACACUGACACUGCUUCCUUAUCUAUGCACGAGAAGUGGAACAAAAACUUCUCUCCUUAUCUCCACCCGUUUCGGAUCUAUUUGGAGAAAAAGGACUCCGCGAGCGAACUGCAUGUCGACACGGACAAGCCCUGGAUCGGAAAACCGUAUUUGGAAAAAUCGGAUUUGAAAACCAUAUGGAUGUGUCAGGUUUGAAAUCGUCAAAGUUGAAUAAGUAUAAGUAGCUUGUCAUGCAUAAAACGGUUACCAGUUAGACCUACAGUUUGUAGUCGGCGCAUGGCAAAUUUUCCCGGUCCUGGAAGCGAGUAUGUCAUGCGGUUUAGGGCAAAAGAGCUGCCUUCUGUCAUGCUAGUCAGCAGUCCAACUUUUGAUCCUUACCAGGACUAUAAUCUGUCUCCCGUGUGUCCUCUGCAAUAGAGUCACUUUUUGCAUUGCAUUUUAUGCAUGGCAAAUCAUUUCAACUUUGACGAUUUCAAUCCUGACACCCCCAUAAACCAAGCCGACCAAAUAUUUGAACGCUUUGUCGGAAGACAAAUCCGAGGAGCCUGUUGCCUACGUGCAGUUUUCCAGCGGGAAGGAAGUGGUCGAAAUGCUGAAAAAAGCUUGUCACGCGCAGAAAACUGCAAAAAAUAAAGAAGACAAAGCAGUGGCAACACCUCCCUCGGAAGACCGCCACAACACUGAAACUACAGAUGACGAGUCUGCUGGUGGGGGUGUUUUCUCUUCCCUUUGGUCUUCGGUAGUCGGGGCGGUUGCUACAAGCGGAGGAGCUGCUGUGGAACAAUCCGCAACAGAAAUCAAAACUUCUUCUUCGUCCUCGAUCACGACCCCUCGUCCAGUUGUAGACCUCACCAAGCAAAAAACCGCACUG